GUUUUAUCUUUGAGAUAACACUCAUAGCUUGGUGGGAAAAAACUCUCAACAAUGGCGCUACUACGGACACUCUCAACGUUUCCUUCUCUUCCUCGUCGCAUCACGAGACGAGAACCCACUCUCACCGUGAUUUACCGGAACCCGGCGAAUUCAAUCGUCUGUAAGUCAAUCGCUAAUUCAGAAUCGGCGAUUUCGCUCUCGGAACGGGAUGGAUUCGCGGCGGCAGCUCCGACUCCUGGAGAGAGGUUCUUGGAGAACCAACGAGCUCACGAAGCUCAGAAAGUGAUCAAAAAAGAGAAGAAGAAGAAGAAGAAGAAGGACGAGGCUGUUGUACGGAAAGUUGUCGACACCUCCGUCUCGUGUUGCUACGGAUGCGGAGCUCCGUUACAGACUUCCGACGUCGAUUCUCCGGGAUUCGUCGAUCUGGUUACUUACGAUUUGAAGAAGAAACAUCACCAGUUAAGAACCGUAAUCUGUGGAAGAUGCCAGCUCUUGUCUCAUGGACAUAUGAUUACAGCAGUUGGUGGCAAUGGAGGAUAUGCUGGUGGGAAGCAAUUUGUCUCAGCUGAUGAACUCAGAGAGAAACUUUCUCACUUGCGCCAUGAGAAGGCUUUGAUUGUCAAACUGGUCGACAUUGUGGACUUCAAUGGUAGCUUUUUGGCUCGUGUUCGUGACUUAGUUGGGGCUAAUCCGAUUAUACUAGUUAUAACUAAGAUUGAUCUGCUUCCAAAAGGAACAGAUAUGAACUGUAUUGGUGAUUGGGUUGUAGAAGUAACCACGAAGAAAAAGCUACAUGUCUUGAGUGUCCAUCUCACAAGUUCUAAGUCUCUGGAUGGAGUUAGCGGAGUUGCAUCAGAAAUCCAGCAGGAGAAAAAGGGACGAGAUGUCUACAUUCUGGGCGCAGCUAACGUAGGGAAGUCAGCAUUCAUCAAUGCUUUGCUGAAAACAAUGGCCGAGAGGGACCCUGUUGCAGCAGCAGCACAAAAGUACAAGCCAAUUCAAUCUGCUGUCCCUGGAACCACCUUGGGGCCAAUUCAGAUCAAUGCCUUUCUAGGAGGAGAGAAAUUGUAUGAUACACCGGGUGUGCACCUACACCACAGGCAAGCAGCUGUUGUUCAUUCAGAUGAUUUACCCGCCCUUGCUCCUCAAAACCGGCUCAGAGCCCAGUCUUUCGAUAUUUCAACAUUGCCAACUCAAUCAUCAAGUAGUCCCGAUGGUGAGAGCUUAAACGGUUAUACAUUUUUUUGGGGAGGUCUCGUCAGGAUUGACAUCUUGAAGGCUCUACCAGAAACAUGUUUCACAUUCUAUGGACCAAAGACUCUUGAGAUUCAUGUAGUACCAACCAAAACAGCAAACGACUUUUACCAGGUAACUUUCUUACACCAUCAUUAUCUACUUCGAGGACAAGUUUUAUCUACUCAUUUACUUUGUACUCAUUUGUUUAUGCAGAAAGAACUGGGUUUGCUUCUCACACCUCCAUCAGGGAAAGAUCAGAUGCAGGAUUGGAAAGGGUUACAAUCUCACCGUUUACUCCGAAUUGAAUUUAACGAUCCAAAAAGACCGGCUAGUGAUGUGGCGAUUUCUGGGCUAGGAUGGAUUUCAAUCGAACCAAUCCGCAGAACGCGAGACACUGAGCCGAGAAAUCUCAGUGAUGCAGAACAUGAGAUACGUGUUUGUGUGAGUGUGCCAAAACCUGUUGAAGUGUUUAUUCGACCAACAUUACCCAUUGGCACUUCCGGUGCUGAAUGGUAUCAGUACCGUGACUUAACCGACAAGGAAGAAGAAGUAAGACCCAAAUGGUACUUUUGAAAUUUUACAUUUUUUAGAUGCAAGAACAUAAAAGCAACGAAAAUGUAACAAAGUUGUACAAUAGUAAAUUGUUUGUAACGAAAUCUACUAAACAUCAAGUCAACAACAUUUCAGAAACUGCAAAAUAAAAUAAAGAAAAUUAAACACA